AUGGCGAACAUUGAGAAUCGAGUACACUGGGUAAUACUGACUCUUCCGAGAUACCGCGCCGUUACACCCAAAGCACGCCUCGUUCCUCUACCAGCUGCAUUUCUCGACUAUCUGCGCUCUGACGGCAUUAUCCUCCCACCGGAAGACGGUGAUAACCCUACGUGGUCGGACAACGAUAGUGGCAUCUUCUCAGGCGCCGACAACAACGAUGAAGACGAUGAGGCAGCAGCGGACCCCAGUGUCGAUUGGCGCGACACCCACGAAGCCAUCGAGCGCACAAUUGAGGAGUUGGGCGGCAAAGUGGCGCCAAAACUGAAUUGGAGCGCCCCAAAGGACGCGACAUGGAUGAAUGCAACUAAUAGCAUGGAAUGCCGGACACCCAACGAUAUCUACCUGUUGUUGAAGAGCAGUGACUUCGUCACCCACGAUCUAGCGCAUGCCUUUGACGACACAGCCGACCAGAGCUCUGAAGAUGACCAGGAAAUACCGUAUCAUCUCGUACUGCGCAAGUGGAUUACGCUCAAUCCGAGCGUCGAGUUCAGGUGCUUCGUGCGUGAUCGACGUCUGAUCGCGCUGUGCCAGCGAGAUCUCAACCACUUCGACUUUCUGUUCAACAUGCAGGACAAGCUGCGCAAUGCUGUACAGGACUUCUUUGAACUCAGGCUGAGAAACACCUUUCCAGACCCAAACUUCACCUUUGAUGUAUACGUACCUCCGCCACACGACAAAGUCUGGCUCGUAGAUGUGAAUCCUUGGGCGCUGCGAACCGACCCACUAUUGUUCUCAUGGAUGGAGUUGCUCACUAUGGAUGUGCCUGACGUCGAACAAGAGGAGACUACUGUGCGGCUUCGACUGGCUCAGCCUGGCAGCUCGGGGCGGACGGGUGCUGACGAAUCGUCGGGUGCUGAUGACUCGGAGGACGAUGACAUCGAGGAGAUCUGGCAGCCCGAGUUUCGACUGGUGCGUCGAGAUGAUCCCGAAGCAUAUGGCUUCGCGACGCCUCAGUACAGCGCACAUAAGCUGCCCAAGGAUGUAGUGGAUGCAAGUAAAGACGGGGGAGGAGGCAUGCGAGAGUUUGCCCAACAGUGGGAGGAGGCUCAGAGAUUGGCAGAACAGCAGCGCGCCGAGGACAGCGAGACAGAUUAG